AUUAGAACUAGCUUUUAGAACUCUGAGAUUUGCUUUAAAAUUGCAUAUUAAACUUUUAUCAAAUAACAAUGAAAUUGAAGUUUUUAUUUCUGAUUUACUGCUCCAUCCAACCAUCAAGCCCGUCACCAAACCCAACAAAGAUCGAGUGCAACUUCAGCAUCAGUAAAUACAGCUUCUGGCUUCUCGGCAACAUUUAUCGCUGUCAAGUCAAAAAUGAUCCACAAAUCUACUCACCAAUGACUACUCAAUCACUAGACAUCAUAGGAACACAUAUCGAUAAGAACAUCAAUGACAAUGUGAUUGGCUUCCAUGCAGCAUCAAAAAGCAUUCAAUUUUUCCCGCACGGAAUUGACAAACAUUUGCCAAAUCUUAAAAUGAUUGAGAUUUAUGACUGCAACCUUAAACAAAUUCUCAAAUCUGAUUUGAAGCCAUUCGCACAGCUUGUGAGGCUUCAAUUAGACAACAAUGACAUUGACAUGCUGGAAGAAGAUUUAUUUGUGAACAACUCGAACCUGGCUUUUGUGUCACUCGACAAUAACAAAAUUUUCUUUAUUUCUGCUGAUAUUUUUGACAAUUUGAUCAAAUUAGUUCAUUUAAGCCUUAAAGCCAACAAUUGCGUCGAUAUGAUUGCCGUGAAUAAUAAAACAGCUGUAACUGAAAUCAUCAAGCAUGUCAAGGAUCAAUGCACCGACAUGGACUUUAAUGUCAUCUCACAAAAGUUCAACAACCUCGAAAAUGACGUCAAAAAAUUCAAAUUUCAAUCUUUUUUGGCUUUUUACAAUAAUUUGGAGAAAUUUGAGGAUGAAUUUAAAGUUUCGAGAUUUGCUGAAGUUUUGUGGUUUCGUGAGCGACUGGAUUGCUUGAAGGACUGGAAAGUUGAGACAUUUUGGACACUAAAGUCUAUGGUUGAUGCGGUUGGACAGAAGUUGCAGGAGUUUGAAGGGAAAAGUGAGAAAAAAUUCAAAGAAAUUGAAAAAUCUUUAGAAAGUCGAUUAAUGGCUAGAAUUCAGGAAGUCGAAGGGAAAAUUGAGGAUAUUUUGAAUGAAACUUGAAUAUUUUUUAAGUUGGUAUAAAAAUUAAUUUUAUUCGAAAUUUGAAUUAAUAAAUUUAGAACUUUUCAUUCAACAUCGCAUGACUCGUCAACAACUUUUAUAGAUUCUAUCAUUUUGGAUUGCAAGCUGCUGAAUCCAUUUUCAAAAUUAAUAAAUUUAUCCUUUAUAACUUCAAAAGCUUCAUUUUGAGAUGCUUUUAAGCUCUUUGACAACUCGACGAAUUUUUCCGAAGCUUUUUGCUCGAAAUUUUGUGAAUUUUCCUUCAAUUUUUCCACAAUUUUCUCAACGGCUCCAAAAAUUUCAACCUUAAAGCUGUUCAAAUUGUCUUCGUUGUCUUUGAGAGCUUUCUGCAAGUUUUCAAGCUUUCUUGAUGUUUCAGCUUCCUGUGCUUUUAUAGACUCUUGAAUGUUGUCAACUUGUGCCUGUAAAGCUUCAAUCUUGUAAGCUUUUAAGUCGUUUUGAAGUUUAUCGAGUUUUGAUUCCAGCACUGCUGCUUUGUCAUUCAAUGCUUUGACAUUUCCUGAAUUUUCCAACUUCGUCACUGUCAUUGUCAGUUCCAAGUUCUUCAUUCCUUGCUCGAUCAGGAGAAGCUUUCCAUUUGAGCUUUCAAGUCCAGGAGCUUUUAAGCUAGUUUCAUCAUUUCUUGUCAACAUCAAAGCUUUUGUAGCUUUUUCUAAAUUUAUAAUUCUCUGAUUUAAAACCAGAACUGAAUUUUGACACAUUUUCAACCCAAAAUCAUGAUUUGCUGCCUUAGUUAAAGCUACAGUUGACUUUUUAUCCACAAUUUUGACUUGAUUGAAUAAAUUUUUAAUUGGUAGAAUCGUGCAUUGAGCUUUAGACUGCCUAAUGACCUCUACUAGAGCUGCUGAGUUGUCCUUAGCGUACAUGUCAAUGCACAUGUUGGAUUGGAGGUCCAAAAACUUCAUUUUUGGCAAAUUGUCGAAAGUUUUUGAAUGAAUUUGAAUAAUUUUGUUCUUUUCAAAGUAAAGAUAAGUCAGGUCUGGAUUGAAGUCAAACAGUCCAUCCUCAAGAACUUCAAUGUCAUUUUCCCAUAAUGCUAAAUAUUCCAACUUUGUGUGUGGCUUCAAAUCAGCUUGAUGAAUCUCCUUUAUCCUGCCAUGCUGAAUGUUGAUUAAUUUUAAAUUUUUAAAUAUUUUUUCGAUGCCGCGCGGGAAAUAUUCAAUAGAUUUAUUUAAGGCAUAAAAUCCGAGGACAUCAUCGUUGGUUUUGCUGACUUCGUGAGUUCCUUGAGCAUCUCUGAUGACUUUUUGGUCUGGUGUGAUGAUGUUGAGUCGGUUGAGGACCUUACAGAAGUAGAUUUGACCAACGACAAGCCAUCUAUAAUGUUCAUAGGAGCAGGUAGCGUCUAGUGACGAUGAAGAGUCAAAUUGGAGCGAUAAGCAGCAGAUAAUAAGGCUGUUAAUAAUGAAAAAU